GAUACAUACAUACAUCCACUGCUUCUCUCCAAAUAUUUUUUUCGUAAACUCAUCAGACGCUGUUUCCAUGAAUACUGCUUUCCCUUGGUUUCCUUCCUCCAUCUGCUUUCAAUCCAUACCGCAUACACCGUUUUUCAAGACUCAAAUCCCAAAGCUUACCUCUGUCUCUCCCCCUUAAAAGUCUUCGAGGGCGAAACAUUUAGCAAUUGUAAAAGCAUGCGGUAUCUCUUUCAAUAAUAUGACAUCCAAGUAUGCAUCACUCCAUAUCAUAUCUGAGGAUACAAACCACAAUACACGUUCGUGUUCCGAAUACAUAUACAUACCAAUCAAUCUCCACUAGUAGGUAGGACUCAAAUGAGUACUUAAAAAGCCACACCGACGUGAUUUUCCGAGCUACCUUACACCAUCUCACCAUCUCACUAUCCAUCAAUCCAAACUCAAAAGCAUCCCACCACAGCACACCACCCUCACAAUCACCAGACAUAUGUUCAUCCAGCCGAAGAAUGCAGACACAUUCAUAUCAUCGCAACUCUUCCCACCCAGCCAACCAAGCAACCACAGAAUCAAACAACCAGCCAUGCUAUUCUCCCCAUCCAAUCUUCCUCACCGGAACCACAGAAAUGCAGAACAGAAGACCUCAUACCACCCCCCCCCCUUCAUACAUCGAACCCUCAGCACUGCCACGAAUAUGCGUACAGAUUCCCACAAAACACCAUAAGCAAACUCGCGCCAAUUUUAAUUUUAAUUCUGUUCUUACAGAUACACCAUCUAUAAAAAUAGUACCGAGAAGGGAAAAUAAAAAGAACUCUUAACAAAACCAAAGCGAAAAAACCAUUUCUCUCUACCCCGUACCGUAGGCUCAAACAUACACAAAUACAAUUUCCACACCUCCAACCCCCGCAUUCCCUCCCCCAUGACUUUUUACUCAGAUCUAGAUCUAGAUCUAGAUUGAGCUUUAGAAUUAAAAUUACGUGUAGAUAUUACGGUUUUUCCAGACCUCAAUCCUCCAUCUCAUCUCUCGAGAAGCGACCUUCCCAAUCCAUCUCAGAUUACAAAAACAUACGUUCUACCUACCUACCCACCCACCAAGCGAGACAGACGGAUUACAUGCAGCAGUGGACCCUGAACACUUGGCACAUCCCAUCAUUAUCUCCGCCUUCGCCAAUCCCGCCGUCUUUCUAAAUCUUACCGGUCCUCCCUUUCCCUACACGCAGGACGAUUUUGAUUCCUUCUUUACCGAGGUGCUAGAUAAAAGCUCUCGGCUCGCCGCUGCGGAACUAUGGGAUGCGAAGAGUGCGCAGGAGGAUGGUUCGCCGGUGCAGAAAUGGGUGGGUGCGAUCCCGUUUCCGAGUAUUAGGGAAGUGAGGGUGGGGGAGAAGGGAGAGAGGAUAGAGGAGUUUGUUGGGCAAAUAGAAAUUAGGAGAAGGGGAUUUGUGACGACGAUAGAUAAGGAAGAGAGGGAGAAGUUGGCAGGGGAGAGUGCGAAUAGAAAGACCGGAGAUCCGGGGAUUGAGUGGGAGAUUGGUUUCUGGCUCCUCCCCUCUCACCACGGUCGCGCCAUCAUGCCUGCUGUUCUGCAAAGCCUCAUUUCAGAAUUUUUUAUCCCGUAUAUGAAUUUGAAUUUCUUGACGGGUGAAUAUCUAGAGUUCAACAAAGCGAGUAACAGAGUUUUUGAAAAGUGUGGGUUUGUAGAUGAAGGGAUUACGGACGAGAUAGAGGCCAUUCACAAGGGGAAGUGGGGAGCCUUUGGUGUGUUGUUGGAAAAUUUGAAGAGUAAUGGGGACGAAGAAAUAUGGGAGAAAGCUCAGAGAAAGGGCUGGCUGAGGGGAGAGAAGGUGGGCGUCGGAAGUUGGAGAUGGUGUAGGGAGGGAGGAGAUGUGGAGAAGGUAGACGGGAAGAGGGGUAAUGUUAAGAUCGUUGAAUAAAACGAUGCAGACAUGAUUUCGGGCGAGGGAGGCGGAAUGUCGAGGAAAACAACAGAUAAGGAGAAAACUUCAACAACCAUAAUAUCAUGACGCCCCCAUUAUACAGUGUUGGACACUUCAACAAAACUACACUCUUUAACGGAGAGACAUAUAGACAACGAUAUGAUGCUAAAAUUUGAUGGGAAUUUAACUAGAGCUAGAUAUAUAAAUGAGGUAUAGAAUAAGUAUUCUACAAAAAGACAAUAAAUAACGGAUUUCAACACGAAGUUGAAAUAAGGGAACGGAAACAAAAUCACUGGUCCAGACUACUGAACAUCAAUAGAUAUUUCACACUAUGCGUCGUGAAUAUUUCACAACA